UGUUUGCAGUCCCCCCCUAUAUCAUCCUGUCCAGAUGUGAGCUCCGAGUUACAGACAACUCACUUUCAGAGAAGACUGUCACUUCUUGGAUCUGUACAUCCAACACAACAGCAGACAUGAAUGCUAAAUACGCCUUGGCACUGAUCCUCGCUCUGCAGGUCUCUGUGAGCCUGUGUGAGAUUCCCACACCAUCGGCGGAUCUUGUUGAAAAGUAUGAUUCCAUGAAAUCUGUGUUCUACCAGAGGCUGCUGAAUGCUUACGGCAAGCUGCAUGUCGCUGCUGCUCCUAUGUUUGAGAAAGCCGGAGACAGUGAUCAUGGAAAGGCUGCCAAAGACUUCUUUGAGGGGCUGCAGACCAAACCUGAGUUCCAAGCCGCCGUCAAGGUUGCCUCUGGCCUGGGCCAGGAGGCAUCUCCCCUGGUGGACAAGGCCCGUUCAGCAGUGCUGGGUCUGUACGGACACUACGUGCGCCCCUACGCCGGUGACUACCUGAGCGAAAGCAUCGACAACAUCAAGGUCUACCUGGACAAAUACCUGCCCGCUCAGUAAAGAAGAACAACCAGAGCAAGGCACCUGUCAGCAGCCUUUAAUAGAUGAUAGAUCAUAGGAGCAAACACCAGUUUAGGCUGAGAAGAGCAAUGCACAAUGCAAAUACAAUCCUUUGCCUCUUUUCAAAUCAACAUCUACAGCCAAAUCAUGCAGAGUUAAAAGCAGGGCGAACACCACCUAUGCAAAUUGUGCAUGUACAGUAUUUUGUGUUUGAUACACUAGCCAAAGUCUCUGUGUGAUUGAUUGUGUAUGUGUAUGUGUGAGUGUGUUCAUUAAAAUGAACUGGAAACUA